AUUAUAUUUUCACGCCGAACCUCAUUUUUACUCUAUAUUCAUUGGUGUGAGAUUGCAUCAUCUUUUGUUCAAUUUAGAGUUUUCGGGUGAAAUUAUUAUUUAGAGUAUUUUUAUGGUUUGCAUAAAUUUCCAUGUCUCAAUUUAAACAUCUUGCCGUUUAUUUCACAAAAAUCCUUUCAGUAAUAAGAAAGUUACAUUUUUGUUUUAUGAACCAGAUCUAUGUAUUAUGUCUGUAUUUGAAGGACGGGCCUUUAUUUUACAUAACUAUUUUUCCCGCCGUCCCAGCUUUAUUUCGGGCAAAUCGAUUUUUCAUGUUUUGCACGAUCCGUUUUCCCGCUCAGUACUCAGUAGUUUGCUAUAUAAUGACUAAAUUUUAAGUGAGAUAUUGCAAUGCACUGGACGUUAUACAGGUCACUAUGACGGUGAUAGACAAAUUAUAUUUGUCAUAAAAUUACAGCUUGUACAAGCUUCUUAUUUGAGGACACACCCGAAGAUGACACGGGCCCUCCACACGUAUGUCCAUGGCUAAAGGGUGACGCAUGCCCUUGUUCAGGAUCCUAUCAACUGUGACAACACUGUAGGAAGUACAGUUACGCUUGAUAAGAUUUUAUACAAGAUGCCCGCCAUUGUGACGAAUUUUGUUCAACAACGCCACCACUUUAUUGAAACAUCAUGACAGAAACUUUACGUUGAUAGUGUUUGGAGAAAUAGACUGAGAUACGUUGAUAGUGUUUGUUUGCGCAGUGACUUUUCAUAUAUAAUCAUUUUUCAUUUAUAAAUAUUCGUUUCUUGUAAAUAAAUUUGUAUAUAUGUUCUGUUCUGAGUUGUUGGUUGUUUUAGGUAGCAAUUGUGGUCGGACUGGUAUCCCAUCGUAGUCCCUAUUGUGACAUUUGGUGACCUCGACGUGAUUGGAUACCGGUUGACUAGAGUUGUUAUUUGAAACAAACCACACUCAUUUUACUGCAGCUCGGUUAUAUAGCUAACACUAGAAACUUUGGUUUUUAUUUUAAGUAAAAAGCUUUAUUUACAAUUUAAAGUUAAAUUUAGUUUACUUAAAGGUAGUUAAAUUUUGUAUCACUUUUAAUUAUUUUUUUUUAUUUAGUGUGAUUAUAAUUUCUUAACAUUUUCAGAUUGAUACCGUGACAAAUGAAACGGACUUGUGUGUGUGACAGCUAUCCAGCUGAGAGGUUAUAACAGCCACACAGACCCGAGAGUGGACGUUUAGGGUGAGUUCGUUCCAUUUUCCUCCUUUUAGAUGUCACUUUAUGAUGAGACCACCAGUUUUGUAAUCUGAAAGUGACCUUUCGGUAAAACACCGGAAGUACACAUAUACACACAUACACUCUGCAAUUUAAGGUACUACCCUACCCGCCUUGUGUACUUUUUUCUAGAUAAAGAAACUGUGUCUGUUAUCUAGGUGAACAUUUAAUUUAUUGUGUCAUUUACAAUUUUACUUUGUGUUUACUUUGUGUCUGUAGUAUAUUGAAACUGGCCAUAUACCUUUUAUAUUUUUGCACUGUGGGGUAAAGUGCUACGCGACAUUGAGUUUUGGGUCGUAGUUUGGACUUUGAAGUUUAAAGUAUUUUGAACAGUUUUAAUUAUUGCCUACUGUCUACUGUACACUUAAGAUUAUUAUUAUACAGCCUUAGUGAGAUACUUAGAUGAGUUUGAAACUUAGUGUUUGUAGUGGUGAGGUAUAGUGUUUAGAAUAUAUGAUACAUUGUUUAUUUUAGUACUGUGUACAGUGAAGAUACAUUUUGAUUAUAGCGCUAGAGUGAUAAAUGCGUUUAAUUAUAUGGUGUUACACUGAAGUGUAGUGUUAUAGUGCACCGUGAUUGCACUUAGUGAAUAUAGCGUUUUGUGUUUAAGGGUUGUAGUGUUACCCGUUAAUGAUACUUUGAUAUCAUUGUUCUACCUCACGGUAAGAUUUUACUUGUAUCAUAAGUUGUUGUUGUAGUAGUGUUACAGUGUAGGAAAUAUACAUAAUAAGUUCAAGAUGACUAGUGUAAAUGAGUUGAUGAAGGUAGGUCAGGAGUUAGGGUAUACAGAUGAGGCUUUGAGAAACUUUGUUAAAGAGGAGCAAGCAAGGGAGCGUGAAGAAAGACAUAGUAGGUUAGAAGCUGAGAAGGAACGUUUUGAAGCUGAGAAGGAACGUUUUGAAGCUGAGAAGGAACGUUUAGAAGCUGAGAAGGAUAGGUUAGAAUUAGAAGCUAGGUUAGCAAAAGAGAAGUUAGAUUAUGAUUUUAAGAUUUCUAGGGAGAAGUUAGAAAUAGAGAUAGGAAUGGAAAAAGAGAAGUUAGAAAUAGAGAUAGGAAUGGAAAAAGAGAAGUUAAGUAAUGAGGCUAGGGUUGCAAAGGAGAAGUUAGAUUAUGCUCGUCAGUUAGAAAGAGAGAAGGAGGAAGCAGAAGCUAGGAAGUUAGAUACAGAACAUAAGAUGAAGAUAGAGUUAGAUAUGCUAGGUAAGAAGAGUGUAGGUAAGGUUCAGGUGAAGAUGACUCCAUUUGACGAAAAGAUUGAUUCUAUGGAUGCGUAUUUGAAUGUUUAUGAAACUUAUGCGUCUGCUCAGAAUUGGAAACAUGAAAUGUGGUCACUAAACUUACCGUUUCUGUUAAAAGGUACUGCUAGGGAGGUAUUUGAUAGGCUUCCAUUAGAAGAUAGGACGGAUUAUGAUAAGCUGAAAGAUGCUUUGUUAAGGCAGUUUGAGUUGACUGAUGAUGGGUAUAAGAAGAAGUUUAGGACUGAAAGGCCCCGUGAAAAUGAUACUUUUGUUAUGUUUCUAGCUAGAAUUUCUAGAUACUUAGAUGGUUGGCUAAGAUUGAGUAAGGUGGAGAAGACUUUUGAAAAGUUGUUAGACUUCAUAGUAAGGGAUCAAUUUUUAGAUAUCUGCAAUAGAGAACUAUAUCAGAACCUUAGUAGUAAGAAGUUGUUUUCAGCCCGUGAAGUAGCGGAAGAUGCAGAUUUGUUUGCCAAGACUAGAGGAGGUCCGAAGUAUGUAGUGAAUCAUGGAAUUAAAGAAAGAGCUAAGCCUUAUGCAUUGCCGAGUAGACCUGUAGAUAGAAAUCAAGGUAGUAGUUAUCGUAUGCAAAGAGGUAACGAUAGACUGGUAAAUAGAGGUAGAGCAUCUCAGCAGUAUGAAGGUUAUAAAUGCACAUAUUGUGGUCGUUUAGGGCAUACAGCAUUUUUCUGUAGAAAUAAGGCUACAAAUAAAGCUAAUGCAGCGGAAGACAUAGAACCGAACUCAAUGAAUCCAAGUAAGAAUGAUAAUAGUUAUCAGGGUAAUAGAAGGCGAGGAGGUUAUAGAGGUAGGAGUAGAGGUAGAGGAAGAAAUAGAGAUGCAGAUUCGAAAAUUUCGAUGCCGAGAUCAGAUAGUGGUAGUAGUUUGAUAGAACUUGGGGAUUUUGAAGACUUGGGUACAGUUACUAUAAAUUCAUGUCCGACAACUAGAGGUAUAUGUAAUGGUAAAGCUAUAGUUGCAAUGAGAGAUACUGGGUGUACAUGUGUCAUAGUACGAAGGAAUUUGGUAAAUGCAAAAUCAAUUGUUAGGGAAGUCCAGACGAUGUAAGUACAUUGAUGGUAGUGAGCACAGAUUAGACAUGGCGUUAAUUGAUCUUGAUUGUCCGUAUUACAGGGGUACUGUAGAAGCACUAUGUGUAGAUAAUCCUACAAAUGAUGUAAUUAUCGGUAACAUAGAGGGUGCUGUAGAACCAAAUUUUGGUAAGUUAGCUUCAGCAGUAGAAACAAGAUCGCAGAGUAAAGUUAAAGCUCAUAGAAGACUUAAAAGUUCCUUCACAGAUUUUAGACAUCACUAAUGUAGAGUUUGUAGAGAAGCAGCAGGCAGAUAGAACAUUAGAUGGAUGUAGAAAGAAAGCAGAGGAAGGUACUGUUAGAAACUGUAGAGGUAAAGGGCAAGUGAAGUUUCAGAUCAGGAAUAAGAUGUUGUUUAGAGAGUUUACGGCAGGAAAUGGUGACGUAAGUAGGCAGUUAGUAGUUCCUAAGGAUCUUAGGGAGACUGUGUUAAAAGUAGCGCAUGACUCGCUUUUGGCAGGACAUCUUGGUAUUAGGAAGACAAGUGAUAGAGUCUUAGGGGAGUUUUAUUGACCAGAUGUUCUUGUAGAGGUUAGACGAUAUUGUCAGUCUUGUGAUAUUUGUCAACGUACUAUUUCUAAAGGUAGAAUAAGUAAGGUAACUUUAGGUAAGAUGCCUUUGAUUGAUACUCCUUUUAAGAGAGUUGCCGUUGACAUUGUUGGUCCGAUCGAACUUAUGACUGAUAGGAAGAACCGAUAUAUUUUGACC